AUGGGACGGGCAACUCCACAACCCCCUGCAUGCCCUGGGAUGGCUUCUCAAUCCCCGCAACCAAUACGCGGGGGAGGUGAGAACCGAUGCGGAGGUAAGGAGGGGGGCCGCCGAGGUGAUUCAAGCCCGGGGGGGAGGGAUGUUGCCCAGCGCAUCAAGCUGCAGACACAGCUGGUGCAGUUCCACAAGGGUGAGGGCCACCUCGGGUCGGAUGACGCUUUAUGGGCAGCCAAGACCUUGGUGGAGGGGGGGCGCAUGACGGAUGCGGAGUGGUGGUGGAUAUUCGGUGGGGAAGUGCAAGCGUUCCAAGAGCUGGCUGUGACGACCCUUUCACAGCCAGUCACCUCCUCCGAGGUGGAGCGGAAGAACCGCGAUGCGUUUGAUCGCAAAACUCUGGCGCGUGCGAACUUGUACGCUGAUCUCACCAACGGAACCCUCAAAGAGGGCAUUGCCGUGCCCCCGCCCGCAGCAGUGGAAGAGGAUGAAGGUGGGGCUGAAGAGGAGGAGGGAGCCGAGGUGGAAGAGUGCACCAUCGACUGGACUGUAUUUGGGAGCAUUGGUAAGAAGAAGAAGAAGAAGCGCGCGGGAGAGAGCUCCAAGAGGAAGAGGAAGGAGAAGGGAAAGGGGCCAUGCAAGCGGAAGGGGAGAGGAAAGAAGCCUGUAGAGGAGGAGGAGGAGGAGGAGGAGGAGGAGGAGGAGGAGGAGGAGGCGGCAAAGAGCAAUGGGCGUUAG